AUGCUUGCCGAAUUCGAAAAGUACGCUGCGAUCGAGGUUCACCAUGCUCGCAUUGUCAACGCACCAAAAUAUAGUGCAAGGUAUCGCCGCGUGCUGAAAGACCAAAGCGACGAAGAGAAUUGUAUUCUACACAGUACCUCCUUUCGGUCCAUCAGUCAAGGCAAAAUAGACCAACUUGAUCAACGGCUCGGACAAGUAGACCGUUUAGUAGAAGCGCUUCUUGGAAAGGAGCAGACCGAUCGAAUGACGGGAGAUGUCGAGUCGCCCAAGGCAAGCUUGCCCAGUCACUUCACCAGCUCACCUAAUCAGGCCGAGCCGCCCGCGAAUGUUAAUGUGCCAGAGGGUUUGACGGCUCUGCCUUUACGGAGCGAGUGUCAUAAAAGUCGACAGGCAGGUCGUGACCCGAAAGCCAAAUCGUCGAAGCAGGAAGAAGGACAUGCCCCUGAAGAGGGCCCGUCAUCUCUUUCUGCGCACUCCUCUUUUGCAAUAGACUUUCUUCACCAUUUUGCGAGUUCAGAUGGUGAUAGCGGACUUGGUAUUGAGACACAAGGACUUCUAGAGUCUCUUCGGCAAAUCGUCAACGCCCUGAAGGAUCAACCACUAUCGCCGGCGCUCCUCUUUCCUAUGGCUAAGUCUGGAGUAUCAGAAGGCCAUGAGCCAGGACAUAUGCCCCCAAUCCAAGCUGCGGUGGAAAUAAUACAAAAAGCGCAAGGUUCGUUCUGCUUCGGAUGGAAUGUCAACCAUCGUCUUGCUGUGCAGCCAACGAUCAUGCUUUUUUGA